AUGAGAGCUAAGAUGGUGGGAAACUUGUGCUUUGUGAUGGAUGUCCAAGGGCCUUUCACAAAGGAAUGUUUUGAUCCUAUUGUCGAUACAGAGACUGGACGGGACUUAUUCCAUCUAUGGUUUAUGGGGAUCAUUCGGAUUUUCGGACAAGAUAUAGCAGAACUCCCGUUAGCUGCUACUCGUAUGGGUAAUCAACGCAAGGACUUGAAGAGGAGGCGAUGCAUAGAAUUAAAGCGUGACAGGAAGAUCCCUAUAAGGUUCACUCUUGGUUUCCCAAAGUGCACCCCUUGGGAAAAUCAAAGGGCUUCACAUAAGCUUGACUAUUGGUGGUGUUUGCUGAUGGGCGGCCUGCUCCCUGGAAAAAAAGAACACAACUCCUCCGCUGGACCCUGGAAAAGUUGGUGCACAGGCGGUGGCACUGAGAAUUUCCGGCUAUCAAGUUGCAUUUUAGGUGCACAAGAUACUCUUGAUGAUGAUCGAGGAAGGCAUUAUUUUAAAGAGUGCUUCAUCCAAGGAUCAUGA